AUGGCCUCCGCAAACCUCAACUUUAUCACCUUCAACCAGGAUCACAGCUGCCUGGCUGUCGGCACCUCCAAGGGCUUUCGAAUCUAUCAUACCGAUCCCUUCUCCAAGAUCUUCAGCAGCGACGAUGGCAAUGUCUCCAUCAUCGAGAUGCUCUUCUCCACCUCUCUUGUCGCCCUGGUCCUGUCUCCGCGACAUCUCAUCAUCCAGAACACAAAGAGGGCAUCCGUUAUAUGCGAGCUCACCUUCCGCUCUGCUGUCCUCGCCGUCCGUCUGAACCGCCGCCGCCUGGCCGUCAUCCUCGAGGAGGAGAUAUAUCUGUACGACAUCGCCAACAUGACAUUGCUCUAUGUCAUCACCACCUCUCCGAACCCGACUGCCAUAUGCGCGCUGUCACCCUCGUCCGAGAACUGCUACGUCGCCUACCCCUUGCCAAAGCCCAGGGAAGACACAGGUGAGAGGCGCCCAGCUCACGCGCCUCCUCUUUCCACCUACGUGCCCCCUACCUCUGGCGAGGUUUUGAUCUUUGACACCAUAACGCUCAAGGCCGUCAACGUCAUCGAGGCUCACCGCUCGCCCCUCUCCUGCAUAGCCCUCAACAGCGACGGGACCCUGUUGGCCACCGCAUCCGAGACAGGCACUAUCAUCCGUGUUUUCUCCGUGCCCCGUGGCCAGAAGCUAUACCAGUUCCGUCGUGGUACAUACCCGUCCACAAUCUACAGCAUGUCGUUCAAUUUGAGCUCGACUUUGCUUUGUGUCUCCUCGACGUCUGACACUGUCCAUAUAUUCCGGCUAUCCAGUCCAGGUCCGCAGGCCGGGGCUGGUCCAAGUGGUUUUACAGGCGCCGCAGAAACCGCAGAACAGACGCCAUCGCCACGUGCGGAUCGAUGGUCCCGGUCCCGGUCUCGCAGCUACGACAGUGGGAACGACUCGCCUGGUAGCGCAACAGGGUCGCCGCGCAGCGAUGCGGCUGAGCUUGCAGGAUCCUCGGCCAACAAUGGCCCGGGCACGACAAGUACCCCUGCGAACCGGCGGCAAAGUGGUUCAUUCAGUAGCAUGUUGCGGCGGUCUUCCCAGCUGAUGGGCCGUAGCGUCGCCGGCGUUGUUGGUUCCUACCUGCCGCAGACUGUGACAGAGAUGUGGGAGCCCAUGCGCGAUUUCGCCUACAUCAAGCUGCCCAAGGUAUCUUCGGCCACGUCGCCCAAUAAAACGCCCGCCAACACCGGGCCUGCAGGGCUGAUGUUUCCCAACGGGCCGCUGCGGAGUGUUGUGGCAAUGAGCAGCAGUAGCCCACAGGUAAUGGUCGUGACCAGUGAUGGCGGCUUCUAUGUUUUCAAUAUAGAUAUGGAGCAUGGAGGCGAAGGAUACCUGGUUCGCCAAUUCUCAGUGCUCGAGGGGGAUGAUAAGCUAGAUGGGUCCUUCAAUCCGUAA